AUGAAUCGGUGCUAUUUAGGAAAUACAAGGGCAGGCGAAAGCCGAUGCGUGGAAGGAGAUUGUCUCCAAGGUUAAUGCACAAGCUGAUAUGCCAAGGUCAUUAGAUCAGCUGAGGAAGCAAUAUGACAACGUAAAGACAGGAGCAAAACAAAAAUAUGAUGAAAUCAAGAAGCCUAAAACUGGGGGUGGCCCAAGACCAGCAUCUCCAUCAGCUUCUCAGAGGUUGUUAUUAGAGCAGAUGUCAGGAAGGCCAAAUUUAUGUGGCCUCCCUAUGGCCUAUGACACAGAAGACCCCUGUCUUUUAGAAUUUGUGUCUCCAACAGACAUGGAUGGGAUUGAAAUAACUGAGGGAAAUGUCAACAUUUAUGACAUUUCUUUACCUCUACCAUAUGUACCUGCACCUGAACCUGUACCUGUACAAGCACAUACAUCCAUUGAGGUGGAAGAAUCACCACCAGUACCGCAAAGAAUAACUAAAAAGAGGGGGGAAAAACCUGAUCUCGAGGAAGAUGUGCUGAGUACUGAAAAGCAUAGAGCUUUAGCAGAAAUUCGAAAAAUUGACCUGGAAUGUGGCUUGAUUCAGCUCCAAAAGGAGCAUGAAGUUGAACUAUUUGAGUUGAGGAAAAAUAUGUUAUUAGCAAAAACCAAAUAUUAUCAAAAUAAGUUAUAAAUUUCACUUCAUUAUUUAAAGUUUUGUCUCAUUUGCAAAUGUGAACUAAGAUUCCAUGUCCAGGAUACCAUCUAGUGAAUAAGUUUUUGGGGUGUUACAUGUUUAUAUUGGUAAGUUUUUGUUUCUAAAAACUUUAUUGAAUAAUCUAAUAACAUAAAACUACAUACCGAGACAAACUUU